AUGAAAAAUUCAAGACAGUUGUUGCCUGUGAAGAAUCAAAGUGACUUUCAGAGAAAUAUCCUGGACAGAAUGAGGGAGGACUCUGUCACUCACAUAGUGAAGCAGCACUUCCUCAUUCUGCUCUAUGGACAAAGACAGUACGAAAAAGUUGGAGGACAGCAGCAUAACUGGCAGUACAUAUCACAAAAAAUGAAAGAACUUGGUCGUUUUUUUAUCUCUUUGAGUGAUGCCAACAGUGAUGUUAAAUCACUAACUCAGUGUUUUUCCCCACAAAUGUUUGAUGCGGUUAUAACAUCAGGUAGAAAUGUUGCUGGCUAUGACAGCAAGGUGCACACAUUUGCCACGCCUUCGCUGGCCCUGAAGCUGGGCUACAGCCUGCAGAAAUGCUGUGGUAUUUUACGGAAUUCAGCCACACGAAAUGCGGAUGAGGAUUUGAAGAGAAAAGCCACUGACUUCCUUGAGCUAUACAAAGAUGAAUGGACAGAGAGAGUUUCUGUCCAUGCACAUGGAACAUUGAGUACGGCCAAGUACAACAGGCCACAAAUGUUGCCACUAGUGGAAGAUGUUGUUCUCUUGCACAAAUAUUUAGAGAAGGCCUCUGAACUUUGCAAGGACUGGGAUGAUGAAUCCAGAUACUUGGAGUUUGGCAAGAUCUGUCUGUGCCAGAUAAUACUCUGUAACAGGAAACGAAGUGGUGAAGCGCAACGGCUGAAAAUAUCAGAUUUCAACAACGGUUUAAAAGAUGGAAAUACCAUGAUCGAAACAGAAAUAAAAAAAGGCCUCAACAGCUCUGAGCUGAAACUUUGUGAAACUCACAAGCGCAUCGAGACAAGAGGGGAAAAAGGCAGAAAAGUUUCCUUGAUUUUAACUGAUAAAAUGGAAAAGAAUCUGAAGUUGCUGGUUGACAUGCGCAGACAAAUACAUGUCGAAAAUGACCACCUCUUCGCUAAACCCAGGAGCAUCUUCCCAAUCAGAGGGUGUGAUGCACUGAGGGAAAUGGCCAAAAAGAGUGGCGCCAAACAGCCCUCCAGAAUCACAUCCACCAAACUGCGCAUGCAGCUUGCAACUCUGUCACAAGUACUUGGCCUCACCCCCAGCAACCAAGAUCUCCUGGCUAAGUUUAUGGGGCAUGACAUAAGAGUACAUCGUAACAUUUACCAGCUUCACGAGACUACACUGGAGCUCGCUAAAGUAACCAAAGUGCUCCAUGCUUUGAACACUGGAAAGUUGUCUCUCCACGCAGGGAAAGACUUUGACUCGAUGAUGGCUGACCCUUCAGUGGAGGCUUCGAUGUUGAAGAUACAGACAGAAGAAGAAGCUCCAGAUAGAGAGAGCAAACAGCAGAAGAUGAAUGAAGAAUCGGCCAAAUCUAAAAAAAAGAGGCGGAGGACCUCUCCCCGAACCUGGACCGAGAACGAGAAGAGGGCAGUAAACAGUCAUAUGUCCGAGUUCUUUGACAAGCAGAGAAUUCUAGGAAAACUUGCCUGUGAGAAUAAAUUGAUCUGGCUGAUCCAAAAGUGUUAA